GGGCGGCGGACCGCCAGCCAAGGAGGUGCUUUCCCAUUGGAAGUUGGAUAGUUUUUCUGUCCUUCCCGGCGAGAAAUGCACUUUCUUCUCUCUUCCUCCACAACCACCGCUGCAGGUCAUCUCAUAUCUCUGUCUAAAACCCUCAUAGCCCACAAAUCUUGGAUCCUCGUUCCCGCCAUGUCCAUGACCUUCCACUCCCACGCCUUUUCCGGCAACCCCAUCAAACUCAGGACCCCAAAACCCACCGACCCAUUUUCAUCAUCUUCAGCUCUCCAGACCUUGAAAAACAUUGUCUCCGGUAGGACUGACUUAAAUCUACCCCUCUCCUCCAAUUUCAAGAUCUUGCCUUUCAGAAAGGGCCGCCCUUUGGCCGGCUCCUCCGGCAGACCAGACCCUAAUUGGCGGCUGGGCUGGUUGGAUUUCGGUGACUGUAGGGUUUUGUUGGAGGAUUGUAAUCAGAAACUGGGUGAUGAUUCAUUUGUUUAUCUGGGGUCUAAGGAUGAGGAGGGCGACAAUCGAAGUGCCGUGGUGUAUUGGGCUAUUGAUGUGUCCGAGUGCGGGGACGGGUUGGUGGAAGCAUUGGGUGCUAGACAGCUUUGCUUUGUUGAAUUGAGGACUUUGAUGAUGGCUUCGGAUUGGGCAGAUUCUCAUGCCAUGGCCGAACUCGCAGUUGCUGGCCAUGCCAGGGCACUUCUUGAAUGGCAUGGUGUAUCACGGUUUUGUGGGUUUUGUGGAAGCCAGAAUGUUCCUACAGAUGCUGGGAAGAGAAAGCAGUGCUUGAAUGAGUCGUGCAAGAAAAAAGUUUACCCUCGAGUUGAUCCGGUUGUGAUCAUGUUAGUCAUAGAUAAAGAAAAUGACCGUGCACUAUUAAGUAGGCAGUCAAGAUUUGUGCCCCGCAUGUGGAGCUGCCUCGCUGGUUUUAUGGAGCCAGGGGAAAGCUUAGAAGAGGCAGUUAGAAGAGAAACAUUGGAGGAAACUGGCAUUGAAGUUGGUGAAGUAGUGUACCAUAGUUCUCAGCCUUGGCCUGUUGGACCUAGUAGUAUGCCGUGCCAGCUAAUGAUCGGGUUUUUCGCAUAUGCCAAAUCACUUGAUAUAGAAGUGGACAAGGAAGAAUUGGAAGAUGCUCAGUGGCACAAGAGAGAAGAUGUGAAGAAGGCACUCACUUACGCGGAGUACCACAAGGCACAAAAGACAACUGCAGCAAAGGUAGACCAGAUGUGCAAUGGGGGCACCGAGAAAGAGCCGAACUCAUCCACGACCUUAAAUGCCGAAAGCGACAAGAUUGCUCCUAUGUUUGUCCCAGGACCCUACGCAAUUGCCCAUCAUCUCAUCUUCUCGUGGGCUCAUAAUGGCAAAAUUAAUGGGGAUGAAACACAACCUACACAGCAAGCUGCUGCUUCGCUUCCAAAGUUGUAGCCGGUUUGUGUCCUCCUCCUCCGGCUGGUGCUGCUGAACCGGUUGCUCCUUGAAACACCAUUGUAUUACAAACCGGUCCGGUCAGGUCCAGGUAGCCCGCAAGGCUGGUGGGGCCAAGGGGCAAUGGCCAACCAGUUCAAAUUCUGAUUGAACCGGCGGAACCGGUGAAACAUCCGGUUAUGACCAUCUUAUUGUUAUUCUCCUAGUCAAAAUUUGGCUAUUACAGAGUACUGAAUUCUAUUUAGUUCACAACAAAAGUUUUAUUUCCAUCUCAAUGAAGACUUUGGGUUUGGUCGAAAGACUAGGUAAAUAAUAUACCUCCAUUGGAGAGUAUUAGUCAAGUAUUUUUCUUUGGGUAUUCCAUUGUAGGGUUAUUUUAGGCAAGGAAUGAUACACACGAUAAAUUUGCCAUUGUUGAUCUUUAAACUAUCGAA